CAGCAAAGUAAAAGCGUUACAAUCUCUACACACAGUUGUUUAAUUAGUCGCAAUUAAAAUUUGACUCUGAAAGUCCCGUAUCAUUUACUCCGUCUUCCCAAACAGCUUAAAUCCUGUUUCCCCCACGCGGCCGUACAUCCCCUCUCCUUUCCAGCUGCUUCCAUUGAAAAUCUAACCCUAAUCUCUCCUAAAACACCCCGCAAUUCGCUCCCUUUUCGUUCAUCUCUCACUCUUCAUCGGAGACUUGCAGAGAGGGAGAGCCGCCGGCCUUGAUUUGAUCGCUAUCUUGAGAAGAACUGAUCGCUGACAGUGCAUGUACUGUGGUGGUAUCAUUCUUUGCAAAGACAAAUCGUGAAAGUUGCAUGACACGAUGAAUCCUGAAGGUUCCCAAUAAUAAUAUAUAGUACUUGGCUUAUCAUCAGUUUUAAAUGAACAUUUGGCCACCUGUGAUUCUUUUCUUUCUUCCCUUAACAAGCUUAAGCCUUUUUGUCUUGACUAUAUACCUGCCCUGCGUUCCAAGUUUUGAAUCUAAGGAUUCUGUCCAUAUUCUUUAGCUUUGGUACUUCAUUCCCUCACCCACCAUUUGGCUUGUACAUAUUGAGGCCAAAGGGCAUCUUGGUUUUAGAGAAUUGUGGCCAUCAUUUUUACAUGGUAGAGAAGAAUGGCCUUUUAUUCAGAAGACGAACAACUCGAAGAUUAUCUUUUCAAGAUUGUUUUGGUUGGCGAAUCAGCAGUUGGCAAGUCAAAUUUGCUUUCCAGAUUUGCGAGGAAUGAAUUCUAUCCAAAUUCAAAAUCAACAAUUGGGGUGGAAUUCCAGACACAGAAGAUGAAAAUAAAUGGAAAGGAAAUUAAGGCCCAGAUAUGGGAUACGGCAGGCCAGGAACGGUUUAGGGCUGUCACAUCUGCAUAUUACAGAGGUGCAGUUGGUGCUCUUCUGGUUUAUGACAUCAGCAGACGGAAGACUUUUGAGAACGUUAGAAGGUGGCUUAAUGAACUUCAGACUCACUCAGACAUGAAUGUAGUUACAAUACUGGUUGGCAACAAAUGUGAUCUUAAGGAUGCCCGGGAAGUGAGCACGGAAGAAGGCCAAGCCUUGGCAGAAGAAGAAAACCUCUUCUUCACAGAAACCUCUGCUUUCGACAAUUCGAACGUGUAUUCAGCUUUUGAAAGUGUAGUCAAGGAAAUCUACGACAUUUUGAGCCGGAAGGUUAUGGAAUCUCAAGAGCUCCAGCAGAAAGAAGCUGGUGGCCGCCGCCUAGCAAAUGGGAAACCUGUGGUUUUUCCGAGCAACGGGAAUUUUAACGGAGACGAAGCGAAACGUGGGUGCUGUUGGGGUUAGUCAUGAACAUAGGUCUCCCCCUUUCAAGUGCUUAAACCACUUGUGAACACAGUUUUGUCCCCAUUGAAAACUUUAAUUCCAACUACUGAUUGGCCUUAUUUUAGCAGUGUAGUAUAUUAUUGUAUUAUUUCAACUUGAGAAACAUUUUCUUGAUGGCAUUGGGAAGAGCACAUGAUGU